AUCAGCUCAGUCAUCAACGCCAACUACUGCCAAAGCUCUCGGAUCUCAAAGUCAAUGCACACAGGUGACACCAGAGCUUCAUAAGAAGAGAACCAAUGUCCUCCAAAGCCCUGAUGAACACCACCUCAAUCUCCAAUGUGACAGACCCCCCCUCAGUCUACCCCGGUGAGGCGAUGCGCAUCCUGCAGAUGAUCGUGACGCUGCUAAUCUUCUUCGUGGGUGUGUUUCUAAACAGUCUGGUGGUCUGGGUGCUGGGGGUUCGAGCUCACCGCUGUAACAGGGGAGCAACUAGCGAGACGCAGGGCGCUGGAAGCUUUCGGACGUACGUAGUAAACCUUGCACUCGCUGAUUUGGUGCUGUUGCUACGUACUCCACUAAUGCUAUCCUACUUGGUGCACAACUUCAACUGGACAUUGGGGGAACCAGUAUGCAAGCUGAUUAUGUUCUUACGCUGCCUUGGAUUGUAUGCAAGCGCAUUCUUGCUGUGCGCUGUUGCAGUGGAGCGCUGCUUGUGUCUUCUCAGACCUGUCUGGGCUCGACUGAGGCGCCCACGCUGGGCUGUGUUACUAGCCUGUGCUGCAAUCUGGGUGUUAGCUGCAGCCCUGUCUUUGCCCUACAUAUAUGCAGCUAAACUCUAUGUAUAUGAGAACCGCACCGCCUGCGUAGAAAGUGAUUUAGGAGCGGGACAAGCCUUGGUUGUGGUGGAGACCAUGGCAGGCUUCUUGCUACCUCUGGUGAUCUUUUUGUCCUGCAAUAUAGCGGUGGUGUUUUGCGCAAAGAAGACUGAAACUGGAGCUGCUACAACCCCGGUGUCAUCUCCUACCUCUUCAUCUGGACCAGGUUACACAUCCCAACGGCUAACACGCCUGUACCGGGUACUGUUCCUCACCAUGCUCCUUUUUCUUACCUGCUGGGUGCCGUACUUCACCUGCCGCUUCCUAAAGGCUCUUUCACAUAACCGUUCAAACUGGAAGAAUCUGUACAAUGGGGCAAUUGGGGGUGCGUACGUGGCACUAUUCCUGGUUUACAUCAAGAGUGUGAUAAACCCCAUUCUGUAUGUGUUUGCAGCUCGAGGACUAGGCAGCACCGUUCGCGCCUCACUUCUCUCGACAAUCGAGCGAGUCUUCAGCGAUGAAAUGUCAGAAUCAUUAAGAAGAAAGUCCUUACGGAGAAGAGACUCCCAGUUAUAGGGGAUCUUGAAGUGGUUUACUUUAAAUGUCUGAUCUGCUACCAGGUCAACAUUACAGUAUGUCAAGUUGGACUAGAAGAUCUGCUUGUUGGCACAGCAUCUGGACAGCUUUGAUGGAAAUUGCCUAGCUGAGCAUAUUGACAAUGGGCACAUGGUGCAGUGUGAUCUACUUCACAUCACAUAAAAGACACUGGGACAUUUUAUAACCGUUCAGUGGACAUACAGUAUUUGAUGGGCUUUUUAUUCUUAAUGCAAUUAUUCUGCCUUUGCAUAUUAGUACCAAAAGAAGCACUUCAAGAUAAGUGUUACCUUACGAAGGUCUACAAUAAAGUACAGUGACAAAAGGCUUGUGUAGCCUUAUUAUUGGGCAUCAUUGAACCAUUAUUAAAGCCCGGGAAUGCUCUCGAAUAUGGUCUUAUGUUUUGAGGUAAGCCUUGUUAUUGUCGAAACCAUUCGAAACCUUUAACCUUUCAGUUUCAAGGGUUAAAACAACAGAACAGACAUGAACCAAAGAAUGUGAAGAGCGGAACUGAUGCAAACUUGACAAAUCCUUAUCAUAAAGACUAUGACUUCCUAGAACAUGUUGUUGAUCAAGAGAGACUUCCAAAAUAAUAACUGAAAUCUAGAGGUUGUUUUGAUAUAUUUUGCUUGACAUUAGGGGCGGGCGAUAUGAACAAAGUCUUAUAUCAUGAUAUGAGUCCAUUUAUACCACGAUAACUAUAUUACAAUAUAGUAUUUUUCUUUCUUUCUGGAAAAUCAAUAAAAAUGGUUUUAUGUAUUAAAUAACCAUAUUGUAAUGUCUAUUUUUGAUAAAUCUGAUAAAUCUGAUCCUUUAUAUGUGAAAACUACUUCCUCUUAUUUAAUUUUCUUUUCAUUUGGAACUUGAGAAACAAACAAAUAUAUCAUCUUUUGGUUUCAUAAUAUAUUUAUUAGUGUGCUUCAUUUUGAGGUGGUAAAACAGAUUGUUUGUAUUACUACAAGUGACUAUCGUUGCACGACAGUUUACAGUUUACAUUUUUAUCAAUUUAAUUUGAAUUAAGUCAUACAAAGAGUGUCCAAGGCAGGAGUGCCCAAUACGUCGAUCGCAAAGGCAAUGCUGGUAGAUCGCACAAAAUGUAAAUGUACUUUCGUUACAUUUUAAUAACAAUAAAUAUAAUGUCUUUCCUUCUUUUAGUUUCUGUCUGACUUGCACUUGACGAGUAAAUAGAGUGCCGAAGUUAUGACGUCACUUUGUAGGACAAUUCUGAAUUUAGCGGCGCAUGGGUUCCCUCGAUCGGAAAGCUAUGCAUUUUCCCCAUAGACUUUUGGAAAAUCGCAAAAAAUAAGAUCUGUGUUCAACAAAGAGUUGUGACCCUUACACGUUUUGUCU